UCUCCGCCACCUGGGUCUUCAUCGCCACCUGGUACCGAGUGACCUUCUUUGGAGGCAGCUCUGCUUCCCCUGGCACUUUGUAGGUGGCAGCAGGUGUUCUGGGCGCUGAGAGGAGGCCCUGGACAAGACAGGACACGUCUGGCUCACGUGGCACACGCGUGGGAGGGACGCGGCUGCCAGGCACCAGGCAGUGCUCUGAAGCCCAGCCCAGCGGCACUUCAGGAGCAGGUUUAUUAACAGAAAGUGGACAGUUCAGCGUCACGCGUCUCCUCAUUCCACCCCCAAAACGUGAACCUCACCAGCUCCCCACACCCCCACUGGCCCUUACUGACUGCCGUCCUCCCGCCAGACUUUCCCACCGCCCUCCUCCGUGGCCGCCUGCCGUCAUGUCUUCAGUGCGCUAGUGCUUGCCUUUGCCCCCCUGAGCAGGGCACGAGUCCUCGGGUGGGAGUGUUCGCGUGAGUGAGCUCGGGCGCCGUGUGGGCUCCCGUCUUUUUCAACGACUGCAGAUCAGCCCAGUGCCAGACAGUGCCUGAAACUGGUUUCACCUGCACGGCGGGCUGGACAGCGCAGUGCAGGUGCCUGCAGGGCACACCGUGCAGCCGGGGCUGCUGUGGUCACCACCGUGCCCGGCUCGCGUCUCCAGAAGGGAGCUGCUGCCUGCAGAGGCCCAGGCCUCCUCCCAAGCGUGCACAUUCGCCCUGGCACGGCCACAGUUAGAAGAGCCUGUUUCCUUGCACCCAGCUGUCAUUUCCUUCCCUGCCGACUACCUAGGCAGCAAAAGGAAGGCUGUGUGUCUUUAACCUCACGCGCCUUUGAUCUCUGGUGACAGCGGUUUGUCCCGGUGUCUCUGGCCGGCGGGCCUCUGCUGUGACGUGUCUGUGCACAGCCGUGGCCAGCGCCUCAGUCAGACUUUUGCUCUUUAUCCAGUUGAUCCGUAGAAGUUCUUCUCGAGUUAAGGAUAGCGAUAGUUUUAUCUUCUAUAUAUGCUAAAAAUAUGAUUUUCACUUUGCUGUUUGCUAUUCCAGUUGAGCAGACAUUUGGCAUUUUUUUAAUAUUCAGAAAUUUUUGGAGUCAAAUGCAUACAUCUCCCUUUGGGUUUUGUUGUUGACACGCAAAGGUCCAGUCUCUUUCCCGAGCUGCACGCAUUGGCUGCGUUUUCUGCUGGGACUUCUGUGGUCUCUCAUUGAAACCUUACUCGGUUUGGGAUUUGUUUGCAUGUGUGGUGUAAGGCAGGGCUCUUAUCUAAUUCUUUUCAGAGAGUUUUCUAUUUGUGCCAAGAUCAUUUCAUAAGCAAUCCCAGUCCUUUGCCCCAAGCUGAUGCUGCGUGUCUUGUGUACACACUGACCCACCAGUAUUCUCAUGGAAUAGAAUUCUGUGAAAACCUUAAAACCUAAUUAUUAAAAAUGCUUUUCCUUGGUUCCUCUUUUAUCUUUCCUCUUUCUCUUUUUAUGUUUUUAUUUCACGCAGAAGAUUCUAUGGAUUUGGCGGAAUGAACCCUAACCCUCCAAGCCCUGGCGGGCAGGGACAGUGUCUGCCCCUCCUCGGGCCCCGCUCACUUGCUGGGCACCAGUGUGGGGCGGGGGUGGGGACAGGGCCAGUGCGGGUCAUAGGCCCUGGGAUGCAGAGGACGGGGCCAUCAGGGCCCGCCCUGGCUGACUGUCCAGUGGGGGAGGCAGACAUUGAGCGAGUCAAGGGCUCAUGGAUGAUGACACUGUGCAGGGACGGCGGACAGGGCAGGGCCGUGUGGGACGGGGCAGGACCCUGCUCAGCCCCUCUCCUCGGCAGGUCAACACGUUCCAGACCGUGCUCAUCACCGACGGCAAGUUCUCCUUCACCAUCUUCAACUACGAGUCCAUCUCGUGGACCACGGGCACGCACGCCAGCAGCGGGGGCAAUGCCACUGGCCUGGGGGGCAUCGCAGCCCAGGCCGGCUUCAAUGCGGGCGACGGGCGGCGCUACUUCAGCAUCCCCGGCUCCCGCACGGCGGACGUGGCCGAGGUGGAGACCACCACCAACGUGGGCGUGCCCGGGCGCUGGGCGUUCAGAAUCGAUGAUGCCCAGGUGCGCGUGGGGGGCUGCGGCCAUACAACCUCCGUGUGCCUGGCUCUGCGCCCGUGCCUCAACGGCGGCAAGUGCAUCGACGACUGCGUCACAGGCAACCCCUCCUACACCUGCUCCUGCCUGUCGGGCUUCACAGGGCGGAGGUGCCACCUGGAUGUGAACGAGUGCGCGUCCCAGCCGUGCCAGAACGGCGGCACCUGCACCCACGGCGUCAACAGCUUCAGCUGCCGCUGCCCGGCCGGCUUCGGGGGACCCACCUGUGAGACAGCCCAAUCCCCCUGUGACACCAAAGAGUGUCAAAACGGCGGCCAGUGCCAGGCAGAGAGCGGCUCUGCGGUGUGCGUGUGCCUGGCUGGGUACACGGGGGCAGCCUGCGAGACGGAGGUGGACGAGUGCAGCUCUAGCCCCUGCCUCAACGGAGGCUCCUGUGUGGACCUCGUGGGGAAUUACACCUGCGUGUGUGCGGAGCCCUUCGAGGGACCUCACUGUGAGACAGGAAGCCACCCCGAGCCUGACGCCUGCCUCUCGGCGCCCUGCCAGAACGGGGGCACCUGUGUGGACGCAGACCAGGGCUACGUGUGCGAGUGCCCUGAGGGCUUCAUGGGCCAGGACUGCAGGGAGAGAACCCCCAGCCACUGUGAGUGCCGCAACGGGGGCCGAUGCCUGGGCACCAAUGCCACCCUCUGCCAGUGCCCCCCGGGCUUCUUCGGGCUCUUCUGUGAAUUCGAAGUCACAGCCAUGCCCUGCAACAUGAACACGCAGUGCCCGGACGGGGGCUACUGCAUGGAGUACGGGGGCAGCUACCUCUGCGUCUGCCACACCGACCACAACGCCAGUCACUCCCUGCCGUCGCCCUGCGACUCGGACCCCUGCUUCAACGGAGGCUCCUGCGACACCCAGGAUGACUCCUACACGUGCUCGUGCCCGCGAGGCUUCCACGGCAAGCACUGCGAGAAAGCCCGGCCACACCUGUGCAGCUCAGGGCCCUGCCGCAACGGUGGCACGUGCAAGGAGGCGGCCGGCGAGUACCACUGCAGCUGCCCCUACCGCUUCACCGGGAGGCACUGCGAGAUCGGAAAGCCAGACUCGUGCGCCUCCGGCCCCUGCCACAACGGCGGCACCUGCUUCCACUACAUCGGCAAAUAUAAGUGUGACUGUCCCCCAGGCUUCUCCGGACGGCACUGCGAGAUAGCCCCCUCCCCCUGCUUCCGCAGCCCGUGCGUGAACGGGGGCACCUGCGAGGACCUGGGCACGGACUUCUCCUGCCACUGCCACGCGGGGUACACGGGACGCCGGUGCCAGGCAGAGGUGGACUGCGGCCCCCCAGAGGAGGUGAAGCAUGCCACGCUGCGCUUCAACGGCACCCGGCCAGGCUCGGUGGCCCUGUAUGCGUGCGACCACGGCUACAGGCUGAGCACCCCCAGCCACAUGCGGAUCUGCCAGCCUCGGGGUGUUUGGAGUGAGCCUCCCCAGUGCCUCGAGAAGGACGAGUGCCAGGCGCAGCCCUGCAGGAACGGGGGCUCCUGCAGGGACCUCCCAGGGGCCUACGUCUGCCAGUGCCCUGCGGGCUUUGUCGGCACCCACUGCGAAACAGAGGUGGACGCCUGCGACUCCAGCCCCUGCCGGCACGGAGGCCGGUGCGAGAACGGCGGCGGGGCCUACCUGUGCGUCUGUCCCGAGGGCUUCUUCGGCUACCACUGUGAGACAGUGAGUGACCCCUGCUUCUCCAGCCCCUGUGGGGGCCGCGGCUACUGCCUGGCCACCAAUGGGUCCCACAGCUGCACCUGCAGAGUGGGCUACACGGGCAAGGACUGCGCCAAAGAGCUGUCCCCGCCGACUGCCCUCACGGUGGAGAAGGUGGAGGAGACUGGGGUCUCCAUCUCCUGGCGCCCUCCGGACGGCCCGGCCGCCAGGCAGGCGCUCGAUGGCUACGCAGUCACCUAUGUCUCCGCGGACGGCGCCUAUCGCCGCACAGACUUCGUGGACAGGAGCCGCUCCGCGCACCAGCUGCGGGCCCUGGCGGCGGGCAGGGCCUACAACAUCUCCGUCUUCUCGGUCAAGCGCAACGCCAACAACAAGAACGACAUCAGCAGGCCGGCGGUGCUGCUCGCCCGCACGCGACCUCGCCCUGUGGAGAGCGUGGAGGUCGCCAACGUGACGGCCAGCACCAUCUCGGUGCAGUGGGCUCUGCACCGGAUCCAGCACGCCACCGUCAGCCGGGUCCGCGUGUCCCUCCACCACCCUGAGGCCUCCCAGGACCAGUCCGCCGACGUGGACAAAAGCGUGGACAGGUUCACGUUUGGGGCCCUGCUGCCAGGGAGGAGAUACACCAUCCAGGUGACCACCCUCAGCGGGCUCAGCGAAGAGGAGCAGCCCACGGAGAGCCUGGCCACCACACCAGUGCACGUGUGGACCCGGCCCCUGCCUCCUGCGAACCUGACUGCCACCCGGGUCACGGCCACCUCUGCCCACGUGGUCUGGGACGCCCCCGCACCAGGCGUCCUGCUGGAGGCCUACGUCAUCAACGUGACCACCAGCCAGAGCACCAAGAGCCGCUACGUCCCCAACGGGAAGCUGGUGUCCUACACGGUGCGCGACCUGCUGCCGGCACGGCGGUACCAGCUGUCGGUGACGGCCGUGCAGAGCGCCGAGCACGGCCAGCUGCACAGCGAGCCCGCCCACCUCUACAUCGUCACCUCCCCCGGGGACGGCGCCCACCGACGCUGGCACCAGGGAGGACACCACCCGAGGGUGCUCAGAAACAGACCGCCCCCAGCGCGCCUGCCGGAGCUGCGCCUGCUCAAUGACCCCGGUGCCCCCGAGAUGCCGACCCAGCCGCCCAGGUUCUCAGAGCUCGUGGACGGCAGGGGCAGAGUGAGCGCCAGGUUCGGCAGCUCGCCCAGCAAGUCGGUCCCCACGCAGUCACAGCCCACAGUCCCGGCGCAGCUCGAGAACGUGGAGGAGACCCCCACGCAGGUCAGCCUGGCCCUCCGACUCCCUGAGCACAGUGACAAGGACAUCAGCAACGCCCCGCGGAACUGCUCAGAGAACCCCUGUCAGAACGGAGGCACCUGCGUGCCGGGCGCUGGCACCCACAGCUGCGACUGCGGGCCGGGCUUCAAAGGCAGGCGCUGCGAGCUCGCCUGCAAGAAGGUGCCCCGGCCCUGCACGCGGCUGUUCUCGGAGACAAAGUCCUUUCCGGUCUGGGAGGGAGGCGUCUGCCACCACAUGUACAAGAGAGUCUACAAGGUUCACCAGGACGUCUGCUUCAAAGAGAGCUGUGAGAGCACAAGCCUCAGGAAAGCCCCACACAGGAAACACAGUAAGAGUCAAACACUGGAGAAAUCUUAAGGAUUUAGGACGUUCUUGCUACACUCUACCAACCUCAAGAGUCUCUAAAACCCAGGAAAGACAAGGUCUAAAAAUUGGAUUGAAAAGGACACCCUGAGAGACCGGGUCCUAGCUGGCAUCAGUCCCCUCUGUGACCUCUCUCCUCAAGCCUCAGCGGGCAGACGGCCAGGCUGCGCACUCACUGGCCCACCCUGGGGGACGCCUCGGAGACCGACCACCUACGAGCCCUGUGCUGCAUGUAAGCAGCCCAUGCUACCACCAGGUUGUGGUCGGUGCCCCUGCGUGAGAGAUGGCAGCGUGUCGUCAGCCAGGCCUGGCGAGGUGCCAGUCACACUUCUGCAGCGUUCAGAGACCCGCCCUCAGAUUCCAACGCCAGAGGAAGAAUUGUCCCCUUGAGACCUAACGAACUGAGAAGGAACCGCCACGGGCAGCUGCCACGGACUAGGGCGGAGGGGCUGAGGCGGGGUGAGGCUGGAAGGCAGGCCAGGCUCCCGCACAGCUCACUCUGCUCUGCUCUUGCCGUUCCUUAUGCUCACUGUCCCACAGGCCUAGGACCCAUGACGGGGACUCGUGCAUUUUGAAAGAGGAAAUGUUAACGAAGACUGAGGUGGAAUUUAGACGCUUCCAGUCUGCAGCAGGGCUGGCAGACUUUCUUUGUAAAAGGCCAGACAGUAAAUAGUUUUGGCUUUGCAGACCACAGGUCCUGGGGGCAACUGCUCAGCUUUGCCACGGUAGCACAGACAUAGCCACAGACGGGGAACUGCGUGGGCAUAGCCGUAUUCUAAUAAAACUUUAUUUACAAAAAUGAGGGGUGGCCAAACUGGCCCAUGGGCCAUGGCUGGCAAACCCCUGGUCCACGACAUCACCCACGCUCCGGUCUUAUGCUAAGGACGCUAUCCCCUGGAUGACAGGUCACCACCACGGCACUGAAGACCCCUGAAUUUUCAUGGAGAAAAGCUAUCCAGACCCCUACUUGGAAAGCCAAGGCACACAGCCACGAGGCAGCAGACUCCUCCUCACACGUCUCGGUGUAACAGAGAUGGGCGCUCGGGGUGGGCUGGACAGUGUUCAAGGUUCCUUUUAGUGCACGACUUGAGCAAUGCUGUUUUAGGCACCAGGCAGCAAACAGUCUCAGGUGUUCCCAUCCUCACAAGCAGAACACCGCAUCAUUGUACCACAUCUGCUUUCCAGCAUGCUCUGAGCAGCUGUCUUCUCCCUGCACGUAAGGUCAAAACCAAAGAAGCCAAUCCCACCUCUUCCUGUGUCGAGUCUCGUAACAGCUGGCCCCACUGGAAAUCAAGGACCCUGUCAGCAUUCCAGCCACAACGAGGGCCUCCUUCCCUUCCUCUUUUAUAAA